AGAUAAUAAAUUAUUUAUUUUUCAAGUACCUACUUCGCACUCGAGACGGCGUGUUACCCAAGUGUCGCCUCGUCCCUCUGGCAGUACAACACCGAAUCUCUGGCGAUAAGGCCAGCGCGCGUUCGGUUAUCGUACGACGAUAACGAUGACAACGACGGCGACGACGUGCGUGUCGCGUAUCAUUUGGUGGAGCGCGGGUGUCGCCCAUUCCCUCCUUUUCCAAGUCAUCGGUUAAUCGCGACCGAAAGACGGACGAUACAGACGUGUUUGACGCUGUGAAGGCGGCGGCCGGAGGUAGUAUUUUCCGUUUAAAUAAUCCCGUACAAAAGUACUCGCCAAACGGCACAAGACGUGUAGAAGCCCGGUCAUUUUAUCAGUUUUCAAAAACCAUCGGACGCGUUAGCAUCACGGAUUCAUUUGGACUUUGACGUUGUUUCGAGAUAUUAGAUAAAAUGCAACAGUGGUUUGAACAAGACCAAAUUGACGCCAAGCAGUCAUCAGAUACAAAGUCCAGAUCAGAUUCAGUACCAAGAUCGUCUAAAGAAAUGGAAAAGACAAUACUCAAAACAUUCACUGUUGAAGCUGAAACAAUAACUGGUCAAUAUAUUUGUGUUUCUGGUAAUUGCUCAACCCUAGGUGAUUGGGAAGUGAACAAGGCGUUUGUUCUAAAUAACACAAAUGUGAUACGUAUAAGAAAAAAUCGAAAAUACUGUGUAUGGACUGGGUCUGUACAUUUGCCACCAGAAAAAGAAAUAUUCUUUCGUUAUUUCAUGGCAUAUAUUGUUGAACCUGAUGGUGAAUUUGUAACACAAAGACAUAUUUUUAUUCAUUCGUGGGAAUCUCAACAGGAACCUAGACGUGUACAAAAUGAAACCCAAAUAUCAAGCAGUGAUUGUGCUUUACAAAGUGAUAUGUAUGGUAUGAAUGAUAAAAAUCAAAUCAGCAAAGGGUUUUUGACUACAGAAUGUGCUAUUCAGUUUAAGUUAUUUGAUAAUCCUAUUACUUUCUGGAACUCUAAACUACAAAGUAAAAUGAGUUUAGUUAGUGUGAAAAUGACACCUGUACAUCUGUCUAAACCACCAGCUGAUACCGGGGAUACAUCUCCUAACACAAGUAAUUUCAUACUUGAAGAUUCAAGCUCACAUGGAACUGAUUACAUUCAGAAACAAUUUGGUUGGCCAUAUGUAGAAUGUGCGGAUAUUCCUGGUGGUCAUAGUUUUAAGCAUCAAAAUCAGUUUGGUACUAUUAUGCAAGAAAAUACUUUACAUUUAUUUCAAACAAAAAUGUACAAUUUCAGUUGUGUUGGUUAUCUUUUUGAUUUUUAUUUGCAUAAAGAAUCUUCUGAAGAACCUCCUUAUCAUAUUGGGUUUACUCAUGUUUUACCAAGUAAUAUGAGAUAUAGCAAUGGAAUGGUUAUAUGCCCCAUCACUAGUGUUCAUCAUAGGCCAAUAGGAGAACUUAAAAUUGAUUAUUUGAUUAUAAAACCAACAAAAGACAUUAAAUGCACUUUAGAACAACUGAGAUUGACAGAUUGGAAAAGUUCCAAUUUUCCGUUAGAUAUCGGUCAUAGAGGAUCAGGUUCAUCUUUUAAAAAAAUUUUAUCAGAUUGUUCACAUAUACGCGAAAAUACAAUAGCAUCUUUAAAAGAGGCAGCAAAUAAAGGGGCUGAUUUAGUUGAAUUUGAUGUACAACUUACAAAAGAUUUAGUACCUAUUAUUAAUCAUGAUUUUGUAGUAUCAAUGGCAACAAAAUCAAAAAAUGAUCUUUUAGCUGAAGAAGUAGAAAUGGUUCAAAUUCCAUUGAAAGAUUUUUCCUUCGAACAACUACAAAAGUUGAAAAUUUAUCACGUUAAAGAACCUUAUAUUCUUUCUAAAACACAUUUUCUAAAUGAUGUUAGAAAUGAUUAUCAACCUUUUCCAAAACUUGAGAAAGCAUUUACAGAUGUUGAUCCCAGUGUUGGAUUUAAUAUUGAAUUGAAAUGGACAAUGAAACUUCAGGAUGGAACAUAUGAACUCGACAACCCAUUCGAUAUGAAUUUAUUUGUUGAUACUAUGCUUAAAACCACAUUUGAAUUUGCAGGACCACGAAGUAUAGUGUUUUCUUGUUUUCAUCCUGAUGUCUGUACUAUGCUUAAAAUGAAGCAAAAUCGGUAUCCUAUAUUGUUUUUAACUCAAGGUAUUACUGAGCGAUACCCUACAUAUGCUGAUCCUAGAUGUCAUACUAUACAGAACGCUGUUUACCAUGCUACUUGUCACGAUUUUUUGGGAGUAAAUGUUCACUCUGAAGAUUUGUUGCGUGAUCCAUUACAAGUAAAUAUUGUCAAACAGGCUGGACUCGCUCUUUUUUGUUGGGGAGAUGAUAAUAAUUGUAAAGAAGUAGCUAAUAAAUUCAAAAAAUUAGGCGUAAAUGCUGUUAUAUACGAUAAGUUGGAUAAGAUGGAGUUGUUGAAAAAAAAAAUGGCAUGUUCUGCUGAAAAUCCUGAUGUAUUCAUUGCCAAUAAUUAUUGUGAUCAAAAUGAUAUACUUUUGUCCAACCAACAAUCAAUUAAUGAUGAUCCACAUUUACGGGAAGAUAAUGAAAAAGAUAAUAAUAGAUAUUUCAUGGAUGUUGGUAAGGCCAAUUUUAAGAAUCAAUGUUCUUCGACAGAAACAUUAUGGAAUGAAAAAAUAAAUGAUUGUAAGAUGCCAUCAAAGAAACAGAGAUUGGACAAUGAAGAUUGUAUUGAUGGUACAUUGGAAUCUGAUGUUAAACCAACUAAAUCCAAAAAAUCUAAGGCUAAUACAUAGAAGAUUAGUCAGAAAUAAACAUUAUCUAGUAUGGAACAAUAUAAAAAAAAAUCAAAAUAAUAAACAAGCAUAUUUUUAUGUUUUAUUUAAUAUAUUAUUGACUAAUAAUAAUUGUUGAUUAACUUAUCAGUAUAAGAAUGGGAAUUAUUCAUAAGCUAUAAACCUUACAUUUAAGUGUUGAUAGAGUUAAAUAAAUUAGUAAAACAUAAUAUUUUUAAAACAUAUUUUUUUUUUUUUAAUUUAUAUUGGCAUUUAAUUAUAGAUGUUUAAUUUUUUUUUGCAUAAAUGCGGUGCUGUAAUUUAAAUUCAUAUAUAUUAUAUAUUGUUAUUAAUCUACCCUGUAUGUGCUCAGUGCCGUGAUAACUGACAAUUUACAAAAUUAUUACAGUAUUUCUAAAAUAUGGGAUUUUUUAUGCAUAGUUAUAAUAGUUUUUGAUGAACUAUUACAUGUUGAUUAUUAUAAAAAUAUUUUCAUACAGAACCAUUAUUUUAUAUUAUUAAUUAUUAUUUGUCAUAUUUAUGAUUAUGAAAUAUUAUUUGAUGAUUUUUUAAUUAUAUUAUUAAUAACUAUUUGGCGAUUAUAUUGUUGAUCAUAUUA